AUGAGGACACUUUUGAAACUGAAAGUAGGUGCUGGGGAAAAAAGACAGGGCUUUUCACAAGAUGACACCAAAAGCAAGGAAGGAAGCUCCUGCCCUCCUAAAGUCGAAGCCAAAGCAAAGGUUUUAAAGACCAAGAAGGCAUUGUUGAAAGGUGUCCACAGCCUCCACAGCCACAAAAGAAAAAAGAUCUGCAACUCACCCACUUUCCGGCGGCCCAGGACACUGCAAUUCCGGAGGCAGCCCAAAUAUCCUCAGAAGAGCACCCCCAAGAGAAACAAACUUGACCACUCUGCUAUCAUCAAGUUUCGGCGGACCACUGAGUCUGUCACGAAGAUAGAAGACAACAACACGCUUGUGUUCGUUGUGGAUGUUAAAGCCAAUAAGCACCAGGUCAAACAGGCUGUGAAGAAGCUCUGUGACAUUGAUGUGGCCAAGGUCAACACCCCGAUUUGGCCUGAUGGAGAGAAGAAGGCAUAUGUUCAACUGGCUCCUAAUUACAAUGCUUUGGAUAUUGCCAACAAAAUUGGGAUCAUCUAAACUGAGUCCAGCUAAUUCUAAAUAUAUGUAUGUCUUCUCACCGUAAAAUAAAAAUUGUUAAGAGGGUACAUCUCACAUAUGCGUUUUUCACAAUAAAAAAAAAGAAAGAAAAGAAUGUUCCAUAGGUUAGACCAAAGUUUGCCUUUCUCUUCCUGAUUCAACUGUGCCCUCUGGUGGUGAUAGUUGCUAAUAGAAGUAAAAUAACUCCACUCCUUUAUAUCCUUUCCAAAUUCAUUUGUAGGUCAGCUGUGUGGAAGACAGAAUAAUUUCCCCGUAGAAACAAGGUUGUAAAUAAUGGCAGAUGUUGCAGGACAACCCACCAAAACCCAUAUAAAUCUUACUUGAAAUAGUAUUGAUAGUAGCCCUAUGUCACUUGAUUUACACCCUCCUUCCUCUGCCGGCACUCCUUGUUGGCAAAACAAAUGAAAAAUCCCACAUCCACAGUCACUGCUACUCUGUCCCCACCACCAUCAGAAGUAGAAAGAGAAAAGAGAAGGGAAGAGGAUUCGUGCUUCAGCCAAAUCUAACAUCUUUAUUUAUAGGCACACCUCUGUCCAGAAACCCCACACCCUCCUAGGGCCUUCAAAGGAGUGGACCACCUAGAAAAAAACUUAAAGGUCCUCUUUGCCUCUUUCAGAAUCUUGGGGCAAAUAUUAAGAAAAUUUUGCGGGCCGGGCGCAGUGGCUCAAGCCUGUAAAUCCCAGCACUUUGGGAGGCCGAGGCAGGUGGAUCACGAGGUCAAGAGAUCUAGACCAUCCUGGU